UAUUCCCAGCUCAUCAAUGCAAAAAAAAAAAAAAAAGUGUUGUGACAUGAGGACACACAGGGGAGACUUUAAAUUGGGAGCCAGAGGAGCAAGGAGCCUCUUCUCUUCAGCUCCUUCGUCACCAUCGCAGGCAUGACUGUGUCAUACACACUUGAGGUGGCCAACGUGAGAUUUGGAGGCUUCUCCAAGCUCUUGUUCAGGUGGAAGGGCAGCAUCUACAAGCUGCUCUACAAGGAGUUUCUCCUCUUCUGCAUGGUCUACGUCUUUUUCAGUGCGCUCUACAGGUUGAUGCUAACACCCAAGCAGCAGGAUGUGUUUGAGCAUAUCGCCCUCUACUGCGACCAGUUCACCAACACCAACUUCAUCCCCGUUCUCUUUGUGCUUGGCUUUUAUGUAACAUUGGCAUUCAAUCGGUGGUGGGGACAAUACACCAGCUUCCCGCUGCCCGACAACCUGAUGAUGGUGGUCUGUGGGAACGUCCACGGAGCCGACGAGAGGGGUCGCCUGUUGCGGCGCACGCUCAUGCGAUACGCCAACCUGUCGUCGGUGCUGAUCCUGCGCUCCAUCAGCACCAGAGUUCACAAGCGCUUCCCCACGCUGGAACACGUGGUGGAGGCUGGUUUCAUGACCUCACACGAGCUGAAGAUGUUUGAGAUGCUGCACUCUGACUUCAACAAGUACUGGAUGCCGUUGACCUGGUUUGCCAACCUGGCAUCCAGAGCAAGAGAGGAGGCCCGCGUGAGGGACGAUAUCGCUUUGAGACUCCUCAUGGAUGAGUUGAACAACUACAGGGCCAAGUGCAGCCUCUUGUUCCACUACGACUGGAUCAGCAUUCCUCUGGUCUACACUCAGGUGGUAACGUUAGCAGUCUACUCCUUCUUCGCCUUGUGCGUGAUAGGCCGCCAGUUCCUCAACCCAGCCAAAGGCUACAAGGAACACAAGCUGGACUUGUACGUCCCCGUCUUCACGCUGCUGCAGUUCUUCUUCUAUGCUGGAUGGCUCAAGGUGGGAGAGCUGAUCAUAAACCCGUUCGGCGAGGACGAUGAUGACUUUGAGACCAACAAGCUAAUUGACAGGAACAUUCAGGUAUCUAUGCUGGCGGUGGAUGACAUGUACCAGAACCUGGCGCCCCUGGAGAAAGACAGGCACUGGGCCCAAAGCCAUUUCUCAAUCCCUUACACCGUGUCCACAGCAGCAGACCGCCUCAGACCGGCUUUUAAGGGCUCCACCUUUGACAUGAGGGUCGCGGGUGUGCUGCAGCCUAUCCCAGCUAUCUUCGGAGUGAGCUUGGAGGAUCUGGAGCUGGAGCAGCCUGGUGAUGGUUUCCCUCUGCGGGCUUCCUCACUGGAGGGUCACAAAGACGGCCUCCUGCGGGGCUGCAGCCUCCCGUCGCUGACGGAUGAGUCAACACGUCACCUCAUGAGGGAUGUCAACGAGGAUGGCGUCAAUCUGAAAGAACAAGAAAUGAUCACAGUAGAUGUUUAUUAAAUGUCAAUUAACCCAUUCUUCGAUAAUGAAACAGCAACUGCACAGGCAAUGCUUUAAGUGACAAACAUGUCCGAAGAGGUUAACUGACUAAAUGACAAACCUAAAAGAAAGAAAAACUACUCACCCUUUGAAGAUGCCUGAACUGGACAACAGUGUCACUUCAUACAGUAGGUACUGCAGAAAAUUAACUCAACAUGGCAAAAAGCACUAGGACAUGAAAUAAAUGUGGUGGGCUUUCCAUGUAUGCCAAAUGAA